AUGCACAAACAAGAACCAUUUUUCUUGGAAAAGGGUUCAGAAGCCAAUCAAGAGUUCGAUGACGAUGGACGACCAAGAAGAACAGGGACAUGGAUGAGUGCAAGUGCGCAUAUAAUAACGGCAGUUGUGGGAUCGGGAGUGUUGUCGUUGACUUGGUGUUUGGGUCAGUUGGGUUGGAUCCUUGGAACGCUUCUUCUGCUGGUAUUUGCAGUUAUUUCUUGGUUCACGUGCAUUUUGCUCACAAACUGCUAUCGAUCUCCUGAUGCCACUCGAAACUACAACUACAUGCAAGCUGUCAAAGCUAAUCUUGGAGGGCUUAAAUACAAAUUCUGUGGGAUAGCUCAAUAUGAAACUCUCGUCGGAGUGAGCAUCGGGUACACCAUCACUUCAUCGAUUAGCAUGGCGGCAAUUAAAAGAUCGAGCUGCUUCCAUAGAUACGGCCACGACAUGGGGUGUCACACAUCAAACAACUCUUAUCUAUUAACGUUUGCAGCUAUAGAGAUCAUUUUGAGCCAAAUCCCGAACUUCCACAAGCUCUCGUUCCUUUCCAUUGUCGCGACCGUCAUGUCUUUUGCUUAUUCUACCAUUGGAGUCGGUCUCUCCAUCGCCAAAAUUGCAGGAGGUGGACAUCCAAAAACAAGCCUUGGAAUACCUGCUAAGGAAGAUUUAUCAAGUACGGACAAAUUGUGGAACAUCUUUUGUGCCAUUGGAGACAUUGCUUUUGCCUACUCUUUCUGUGCAAUUCUCAUUGAGAUACAGGACACACUGAAAUCGAGUCCUCCGGAGAAGAAAGUCAUGAAAACGGCAACCACCAUUGGGAUUUCAGCUUCGACAUCGUUCUACAUGCUAUGUGGGCUACUCGGAUACGCAGCAUUCGGCAACGACGCACCUGGGAAUUACUUGACUGGCUUCGGUUUCUACGAGCCUUUUUGGCUCGUCGACAUUGGUAACUUGUGCGUCGUUAUACAUCUUCUUGGAGCUUACCAGGUAGUGGUCCAACCUUUUUUCGCGUUCGUGGAGAAUUGGUGUCAUAGAAAAUGGCCAGAAAGCGAGUUCGUGAACAAGGAACACUCCAUUGGCGCCUUUAGGAUCAAUCUUCUGAGGUUAAUCUGGAGGUCGACAUAUGUGAUUUUAGCAACGUUGGUGGCGAUGAUCUUCCCAUUCUUCAACGCUUUUCUUGCGCUUAUCGGCUCAACAACGUUCUGGCCGUUGACGGUCUAUUUCCCGAUAGAAAUGUACAUUUCUCAGGCUAAGAUUCGAAGGAAUUCUUUCACCUGGAUCUGGUUGAAGGCAUUGAGCUUAGUGUGCUUGCUUGUAUCGCUUCUUGCUGCUGCUGGAUCGAUUUGCGGCCUUGUUGCGUCCAUUCAGACCUUCGAGCUCUUUCAAUCAGUGUCUUAAUUAAUCAAAUGUUAGUUUCUGGUUGUUUGUUUUCGUGUGCUUGUUAUGUUUCAAGAUUCA